CCGCUCGAUGAAACGCACGAGGUGCGGCCUGCCACGUCGCGCGGCGAAGUAUGGGCGGAGCUGUGAAGCGAAAGUUGACAGUUGCCGCCGCUCUUUUAGGGGGUGGCGCCACUGCUACGGGCCAGCUCCCCGUUCGGGUAGGCGCCGGGAAUCAGUGUGGAAAGAGUUUUCUGUGUGCGUCGGAGUGAUUUCUCGUCUCGCUUGCACGCCUUUUGUCCGCCCACGUGGUAGUACACAAGUGUCUAGGUCCUUGUCGUGUUGCAUGUCGCGCUAUGCCGCGCAACUGUUGCGUGCCGCUGUGUACUACUAACGCAAGAAAAUAUCCUUUAAUCCGGUACCAUGAGUUUCCGUGCGACGUAGAACGCCGUAAAGCAUGGAUUAAAAACAUUUCGCGACAGGGAACAAGUGGCAAAGGAAGCAUUUGGGAGCCGAGUGACCGGUCUUUGGUGUGUGCGCUUCACUUCACCGACGGUGACUAUAAGAAGUCAACGAAGCUAAAAUUCUUGCUUCCAACAGCUGUUCCCACUGUUUUUCCAAACUAUCCGGAGUACAUGCGGAAAGAAAAUGGACAAAAACAAGGGCGGAAGCGGCGUCGAAGCGGUUGUGGCCAUGUUUUUGAUGCACAGGAAGAAGCAGUGGCUCAUCGUAAGAAAUUGGAGCAGGAUACAAUAGUAAGUGCAUCUACCUCUUUUUCUUCUGACGGCGAUGACCAACAACACCUUGUCAUCGAGUCGUCAACAGAAAAGUGCUCCGAAAGUGUUUUGCUUGUCGAUAAAGCAUGUGAAACAACGCUGAACCUCGUGAACGUGUUGGAUGAUGCCAAAAGGAUAGAGCACCGGCUCAAAAUGAAAAUUAAACGCCAGCAAGAGGCGCUUCAGAAGCUGCAAGCAGAGCAUGAUGCAAUGAGGCAGCGACUUCAAGACUAUGAUCAGAGCAAAGAAAUCCAGGACUUUGUGGACUUGCUGAAAUCAGCAGAUGAAGGGGAUAAAAAUGCUCUGUUUAUCAAAAACCAAGUAUGCAAUUACUGCAGCAAGAAGCCGAAAUAUAAUGAAACAAUAUUGCGAGAGUGUGUGCUUUGGAAGGCAUGUUCAAGUAAAGGCUACGAGCACGUUAGGAUACGAAACCUUUUCAAAUUGCCGUGCCGAGCCACAUUACAAAACUACGUCGGUCAAUCAACGGGUGAAAUUGGAGUAACCACCUUAAUCAGAGAACGCCUUCGUGUUGAGUACGAAGGGCUAAGUGUAGAACAAGAAGCUUUCUGUUCUCUAAUAAUCGACGAAAUGGCCAUAGAUCAGAAAGUUAUAUAUGACCGACAGGUGGACAAGAUCUUUGGUCUCGUUGACAUGGGCACAGCAGAACAGUCUACCAGUUUGCCACUGGUAGCAAACCGCUUACUAUGUUUCGUUCUGAGAGGCCUAUCGACGGCUUACAUAAUCCCUGUGGGCUACUUCUUCACACGCUGUCUGAAAAAUGACAAGCUUUUUUCCAUGACAAUGGAAGUCAUGAAAGCAGUUGAGCAAGUGGGCUUUCGCGUAGCGAGAGUUGUGACAGACAACCACCAGACAAAUGUUUCCUUGUUCAAGCGUUUUUCCCAGGAUGGCACACUUGUUCAUGCUGUUCCCCAUCCGUUGCGGGAAUGUGACCCACUUUUCUUGUCGUUCGACCCAAACCACCUAAUCAAGAACAUUCGAACGAACUUUCUUGAACGUGAGAUUUUAGAUGGAGAGAAAGUCAUUCGGGGCGGCUUCUACUUGAAAAAACUAUUCGACAUUCAGUCUUCUUUGCUUCUGAAGUCAGUAAGGUUUCUUACACGCUCCCAUGUCGAGCCCACCAACAUCGAAAAGAUGAAAGUGCGGAGAGCCACGCAAACUAUGUCUUCAGAGGUAAUUGCAACGCUACAGUUUCUCCAGCAAUACCCAAAAUGUCACCCUGAAGCACUGCUAUUUAAAGACUGCGGCGCCACGAUUUGCUUUAUGAAAAUGGUAGCACAGUGGUACGCCCUCCAUGACAUUGGGGUGGUGAAGCCACGGGGACUCCAAGAAGGGCCGUUUUACAGCUCAGAUGAUGAACGGCUUUGCUGGUUGGAAGUGGACUUUGUCGGCUACCUUGAGUACCUCCAGAUGAAUGGCGGGAAGUCGACGCAAAAAAUGACAAAAGAAACCUAUGAAGCUACACUUAUGACGACGAGAUCCACAGUAGCACUGACUGAGUACCUCCUUGAUCAUAUCAACUUCCGCUACGUCCUCACACGGGGCCUAAAUAGCGACCCUGUGGAAUCGCUGUUCAGCAGCCUUAGGCAGUUUAACGGCGGAAAUGACAGAGUCGAUGCGAGAGCUGCAGUCUUCACGGCGGAGAAACUUCUGAAGGUUGGAAUCCUGCAGGCGGCACAGAGUGCAAAUGCACCUACCACUUCUGAGAUGAAAACAGCACUCAAACAAGCCAUCGUGGGCGACGAAACUGCUCCCCUUCCAGAUGUCAUCAACUUUGCUACCAUGGAACUUGCGAGUGAGCUCGGUUUCGUAAAAUUGUGGUCUGGAGCAGAAGCUGACCUAGAGAUCGCCCCACUUAUUUACUUGGCUGGUUAUCUUGCACGUGUAUGCGAGGAGAAGGUACGAAUGCAUUUCAUCUUAUGUUAAGAAAGUUCUAGCUGGCUUUUAAUCCUCGAAGAGUUCAGUGAUCCCGGUCAUGAAUGUUUCAAGUCAUUUGUUUAUGUGUCUAUGACACGUCGAUUUAUAUUUUUGGUAAUGUAAACCUGUCAAUUAUGCGUUUUUGCAGGUACCAUGCGAGUCUUGCAAAACCUUAAUGCAGGUGACCGAGCCAACUGAAGAAGUUUACGGGUUGGUAAAAAACCUUGACCACGGAGCGCUGAAAUACCCGACAAUGCAAAUAACUGGUCUCUGCAAGCUGACCUGCAUCUUUGUUAAAAAAGUGAUGAAGUGCCCCGAGGUCAGGCGAAGUGGCAAGCUUUGCCGACUCUUGGUUUCAACACUCCUGCCACAUUUUGUAAAAUCUCGGGAACUGACGUGCGACAGGGAGGAUCAAGGCCACACCGAGGAAGUGUGCAAGAUUUUUCUAAGCAAAUUGUUACGGCCGCUACUGGCGAACUGGGCCGGGGACCUGAAUGAAACUG